CUUCACAAGACGGGGAGCUCCGAAGUACAAGGCUUGAAAAAAUUCUCCUAAAUCCACUGGAAGACAGAACCAUUACAAUGUGGACUUUGCCAGUUCUUACGGCGGCCGCUGCACUGUUGUUGGUGCUCAGCGUUGACAUGGUCGGGUGUGUUCCACCUGAAAUGUCGGCAGAUAUGUAUUGCCUUGGCUGCAAAGCUACAGUGAAAGAACUGAUAAAAGUGGUUGAGUCUAAAGACAACAGGCACCAGUCUCACGCCAACAAAGUGGCCAAGGCCAUGGAGACAACCUGCAAACACGACAACUUCAACCGACUGAAGUACGUCCCGGGGAAGUACGUGGAGGCUUGUCUGCAGCUGCUGGAAACGUACCACAGUACGGUGGAGAGCCUGCUGAUGAACACGGACCACUCCGACCUGGAGCAGCAGCUCUGCCACGACCUGUCGGACGCCUGCCACGGCGCGCCGGAUCACAAACACGACCCCAAGAGACCAACGAUCCAUGUUGACGAUAACGGGAACGUGAAGUUCGUGGAGGGGACCCACGUCAAGGCCAAGAGACCGAACCCCGUCAGACCCACCGUGCACAGCGAGCUCUGAUGGCUCGGUUACGCUAAGAGCCCCAUGCAUUGUACGAUCGUCGUGCGAUUUUUGGGAUAGGCGUGCAUGUUUCAUGCAACUUUGAGAACAUUCUUAGAAUAGUUCUGCAAUUAUCAGCUAUUUAGUUAACGAAAAAAGUUGUGUUAGAUACUUCUCACCGACACCGCCUUCUUUCACACCAAAAUCGUACGAAAGUCUACAACGAGUGUGGCCGCGACGUUAACGUUAGUCAUUUAUAUUAUGUUGAUGACAAAGUCUUGCCAACAGGGGAUAGAUGAUUGCUAAGUAAGGAAACGUAUCUGAAGAGUAGCGCAAAGCUGACUACUAUACAUGUACGACCACCCCGGCCGUCUACCCAAUAAAGCUAAGGGUAGUUACGGUCGUAGUUUUAGGGCAAUUUGGUAAAUCUGCCCAUGUUAUAAGCUAUAGAACUCGAUUGCUUUUUAUUCCGAUGAAUAUGCGAAAGACGAAUAACGCAGUGCCGGUUGAUUCUCUGCUAGAAUUUAUUUUAAUUUUUGAUGU